AUGCUCGCAGAACAGCAUCCAGCACCGCAGGUAUUUCUUCUCGGACAGGUGGCAGGCACCAUCUUAUUUCCCCCGUGGUCGGAGACAUUUGGGCGCAAGAACAUGUACAUUGUGAGCAGUGGUCUCAGCGCCAUUUGCUGUGUGAUCAUCGGUCUAGUUCGUUCAAUGCCGGUCAUAAUCUUCAUGCGCAUCACCGCAGGGCUUCUUUCUGCGAUCCCUUAUACCAUUAUUGGCGGCAGCAUCGAGGAUAUGUUCAACACGCAUGCUCGAAUAUGGACCAUGUACUAUUGGACAGUUGCUUCGAAUAUUGGUCUCAUUCUUGGUCCAAUCAUGAGUAGCUAUAUAGUUGCAGGUCUUGAUUGGCGAUGGAACUUCUAUAUCUUUGCAGUCAUUAUUGCUGCAAUUACGGGUGGCCUUUGUUUCAUUCGCGAAUCACGACCUUCCUUACUGCUGGCAUACGAGGUGAAACGAGUCACCGACAUGACUACUGUGCAGACUAUUCCACCGCCACUCAACCACGACCGUAUCCCGGAUCUCAAUACAUUUGUCAAAGAAGCUCUCUUUCGCCCAGCCCAGCUCUUCUUCCAAGAACCGAUCAUUUUUAUCAUCGCGAUGAUGAUCUCCAUCGCCAUGUCUAUCAUCUACAUUUUCACAGAAGCUCUCCAACCCAUCUACGAGUCAAUGGGAUUUACAAAAACCGACGCUUCACUCACGUUCAUCGCUCUCGGCCUGGGAACCUGUCUCAGCACAUUAACUCGCGUGCUAGACAGCUACAUUAUCAAGCAUUUCUGCAAACAGGGACGCCCUAUUAAACCAGAACAUAAGCUCAUUGGGUUAGGCCUUGGCGGUCCAUUCCUGGCGAUUGGUUUAUGGUGGUUUGCCUGGACUAUUCCACCCGAGACCCAAACUCCGUGGAUCGUGCCCACGAUUUCCCUCGUUCUGGUGGGCUACGCACUGACAGAAAUGGAUACCGUGCUAUAUGGGUAUAUCUCUGAUGCUUAUCUGAGUUAUUCAGCCAGUGCCACCGCUGCCGUUGCAUUCAUGCGAGCGCUCCUGUCGGGUGCCUUUCCACUGUUUACCACACAGAUGUUUGAUCGGUUAGGAAAUAACGUUGCUAUGUCUGUGCUUGCCGCUGUGGCAACUGCAUUUUGUAUCGUACCGCCUGUGUUUAUCUUUUAUGGAGAGCGGAUUCGUCGAGCGAGCAAGUUUGCUCGAUAUAGUUGGGAAAUCCAAGAGGAGCUUGGUAAAGAAAAAGAAGAUUGGUGA